GGCUCCGCUCCGCUCCGCACGGCUCCGCACGGCUCCGCACGGCCGGGCGCAGCGCCGGGCAGGGCAGCGCCCAUGGGCUGCGGCAACUCCACGGCCGGCGGCGCGGGAGGGCGAGGUGCCACAGGGACUACUAAAGAUAUAGCAGAAGAAUCCGUAUCGGAUGAUGACAAAAGGAGGAACUAUGGUGGUGUGUAUGUUGGCCUGCCAUCGGACGCAGCUCCCAUGGUUUCCAGUCAGACGAAAGCUGCACCGAAAGAAGGAAAUAAACACAUCAAGAUACAAACUGCUGGAGUCUUCUACUAAGACCAGUUGCCAGUGCUUUAGAGAGAGCUGUCUUUGUGCUAAAGAUUUUAAUAUCUACGUAGCCUUCUGGAGAGCAAGAGAGAUCAGAGCACCAAAAAAUCUAAACUGUUGUAAGUUCCAACUACGGGUAAAGGUUAAAGUACAGCGUUGAAUCAGUUUCCUAUGAUGGUUGCAUUAUGGAAACCUCCUGCUGUUCUCCAGUGAAAAAUUAAAUUAAUGAACUCAUGGUGGAUGUUUCUGCACAAGAGCUAACUUUGAUGAUCUGCAACUUAUUUCUCUGUGGCCAUAUUGCAGAUUUCAUCAGCUAUCAGCUACGCUUCAUAUAUUUUCUCCAACAAUUUUUGAUAGAUUUUAUAUAGAAAACCAUUACUACUGUCCACUUAAUAGUUCCUAUGGUAGGUUCCUAUAAAUUAAUUGUUAAUUUACUUCAGAGUAAUAUAUUUGACAGGUUUGCAUCUUUUUGGUAAUACUGCAAAUUUUAAUAUUUUUGCUGUGAAAACUUAAGAAUAGGAUGAAAUAAGCAUAAUACCAUCAGACUCUUUAUAAUUACUACUGCCACUUUUAUACAGUGAGACAAAUAAUAGUGUUUGAUUUUCACCUUUUAAGAAGAUGUUGCUCAAGGAAAUUUAUUUAAAUAAGAACAAUGUACUUCAUUGUAAUAUUUACAUGUCUGUUUUUAUUUUCUUCAGCUUUAUCUCUUUUAUAAAGAUUUACAUGGAAAAGAAGUACUAAUGAACCAAACUUUUAUGUUAUGUCUUCCAUUCUGUGUAAUAUGAUAAUGACAUUUCUUUGCCUAAUGAUGAAGUGAUAGUAUUUUCAGAGAUAGUGGGACUAAACUCCAGCGCUGCAUCCUCCUGAACUGUAGAGGAUUUUUGAUCACUGUUGGAGUUUUGUACCCCUGACUUAUCUCUAAGCAUCUCCAGUAUGGCAAAUUGUAACAGAAUGAGUGUUAUUAUUACUUUAGCAAAUUGUUGUAUUAAAUAAUGUAUGGGAGGUUUUAAAAUUCAUUAAGUUUAUAGCAACUGUAGGUUUCCCGCAGAACAUAAAACAGAUUGUACAUUUCCAUAUGGCUGAACAAGUACUUAAAUUAUUAAAUCCUUUUGCAUAAUUUUUUAGUCAAACUUUUUUUAAUAGGAUACAACAUGCCAUACAUUUUAAACAAACAAAUAAACAAAAAAACCCCCAACCCACACCGUAUUAACGUAUUACUGUGGAUUAAUGACCACUCUUAAAAUUAAAGAAAAAAUCAACACAGAAAAUUUGAACAUGAAGUGAAACUGUGAACCACGAAAUUCCUGCCCAUUUCACUGAUAUCUAGUAAGACCAAUGAACAACCAUUGACUAUGAUUUCCAGUAACUUGCAGCUUGGGCUUUAAAAUAAGUGGUAUUUUGUUGUGAGGCCUGUUAAAAAGUAUUUUAAAAUACUGCUUUCUGGUCCUCUUCUAAGUAUUUGUGACAUGUUAUUCUCCAGAAAUCUGCUACUUGGAUUUUCAAUGAUUUCAGGCUUCUAGCUCCUGAAGACAAAUGUGCAUCUCAUUCUUGACGCCUUCAACCUCGAACGAAGAUGAAAUAAGAUUGAAGAUUAAGAGGUGGUGUUAAAAUAUCUCAGUAUGAACGAAUGUCUGUAGAUUACAUCUGCAGAGUCUUGUUCUUGCAAGUCAAGCUGAUGAGAACUCAAAUAGCACCAAGUAAUAACCAUGCAGGUUUACUUCCCACUUGCUUCCCAUAGCAUAAGAGUAUAGUUCCCACAUCACAUAUUCCACAAAUGGUCUAAAUGGUUUGCACAGCACAAGUUAUUUAGUACAAAGCAAUUAGGUCCAUGUCUGACCUGAACAUGAUUGCCUUUCCCAAAGCAGAAAAAACACCAGUCAUCCUAGGAUACAUCAUAGUUAGGCUAGUACUUGAAAAGCCAACAACAGAUGCUAGUAAUCUUCCCAGUUAUUUGUCCACUUCUAUCUGUCAGUUGCUGGGAAAAUUUUCCAAAAAGGUGGACAGGUCUAAAUUCAAACAUUACUUGUUCUGCUCCUGACAUCUGAACCCCCAUGCGUGGGCUGAGGAAAGAAAGAGGUGAUCUUUAAUGAAUAGCUCCUAGCAGUUGGUGGUGGGACAGUUGCAAAGGGUACUUUUUCUUGUUUUACGUCACUGCUUAAUUUUUCCUGUGCAGAGCUGCAGAGAAGUGAGGAGCACUUUGCAGAAUUGGCCUCUUAAUGAUUCAUCCUCUGAAAGUGUGGGAGGUACGGUGGUUUCUUAAUAUUUUUGUUCCUCUGCAUCUUUUCAUCUCAAAAGCUUACUGAUCAACUGACAAAUGUUUCGGUGUCAUGGACUGGAGCCUCUCCAAUAGAGAUAUAUUCAUUUAUGGCUUGCGGACCUGUAUCUGUCAAAUGGAUGAGCUAGGGCCAUGCCCUUGUCUUAGACUUACAAACUCUUGCCUUUUGUUGUUCCAAGAACCCACAGAUCUAGAAACUGUGUGACAGGACACUGUAUUCUGUCUUGGCCAAAUUCCACUUAGAGAACUGAUUUUCUGCUCAUCAAAAUUCCUCUAUGGUGAGCAGCAUUUCUUAAGCCUUUGUUAAUAAAAGCACAUGACAUUUCACAGA